GUGACCCAGCCUCCUACACCCGGUUGUGGCUGCGGCGGGAUGGCGGCGGCGACAGCGGCAGCGGCGACACCGACACCAGCUCCGGGAGUCACUGACUCGGGCAUGGACGCGCGAAUGGACCAGGAGACCGCGCAGUGGCUGCGCUGGGACCGGAAUCCCUUGACUUUGGAGUCAGUGAAACAGCUCAUCGCUGAGGGUGAUAAAGAAGAGCUACAGAAAUGCUUUGGUGCCCGGAUGGAGUUUGGGACAGCCGGCCUUCGGGCUCCUAUGGGAGCAGGGAUUUCUCGAAUGAAUGACUUGACCAUCAUCCAGACCACACAGGGGUUUUGCAGGUACCUGGAAAAGCAGUUCGGUGACCUGAAGCAGAGGGGCGUGGUGAUCAGCUUCGAUGCCAGAGCUCACCCAGCCAGUGGAGGCAGCAGCAAAAGGUUUGCCCGACUGGCUGCGACUGCAUUUAUCAGCCAGGGGGUCCCUGUGCAUCUCUUCUCUGAUAUAACCCCCACCCCAUUUGUGCCCUAUACAGUGUCGCGUCUGAAGCUCUGUGCCGGGAUCAUGAUCACUGCCUCACACAACCCGAAGCAGGACAACGGCUAUAAGGUCUACUGGGACAAUGGAGCCCAGAUCAUCUCUCCACACGAUCGAGGCAUUUCUCAAGCUAUUGAAGAAAAUCUAGAGCCCUGGCCACAGGCUUGGGACGACUCUUUGAUUGACAGCAGCCCCCUGCUUCACAACCCCAGCACUUCCAUCAGGGAUGACUACUUUGAAGAUCUUAAAAAAUACUGUUUUCACAGGAGUGUGAACAAGGAGAGCAAAGUGAAGUUUGUGCACACCUCUGUCCAUGGUGUGGGUCACGAGUUUGUGCAGCUGGCGUUCAAGGCCUUUGACCUUGCUCCUCCUGAAGCUGUCCCCCAGCAGAAAGAUCCGGAUCCUGAGUUUCCAACUGUCAAAUACCCGAAUCCUGAGGAGGGUAAAGGUGUCUUGACUUUAUCUUUCGCCUUGGCUGACAAAAUCAAGGCCAAAAUUAUCUUAGCCAAUGACCCAGAUGCCGACAGACUUGCUGUGGCAGAAAAGCAAGACAGUGGUGAGUGGAAAGUGUUCUCCGGCAAUGAGCUGGGGGCCCUGCUGGGAUGGUGGCUCUUCACGUCUUGGAGAGAAAAGAACCCAGAUCGAAGCACCCUCAAAGACACAUACAUGUUGUCCAGCACCGUCUCUUCCAAGAUCUUGCGGGCCAUUGCCUUGAAGGAGGGCUUUCAUUUCGAGGAAACACUAACUGGCUUCAAGUGGAUGGGAAACAGAGCCAAACAGCUAAUAGACCAGGGGAAGACGGUCCUAUUUGCAUUUGAAGAAGCUAUCGGAUACAUGUGCUGUCCCUUUGUUCUGGACAAGGAUGGUGUCAGUGCAGCUGUCCUAAGCGCAGAGCUGGCAAGCUUUCUAGCCACCAAGAAUUUGUCUAUGUCUCAGCAGCUCAAGGCCAUCUAUGUAGAAUAUGGCUAUCACAUUACCAAAGCUUCAUAUUUUAUUUGCCACGAUCAAGGCACUAUUCGAAAAUUAUUCGGAAACCUGAGAAACUACGAUGGGAAGAAUAAUUAUCCCCGAACAUGUGGCAGGUUUGAAAUCUCUGCUAUCAGGGACCUUACAACGGGCUACGAUGACAGCCAGCCUGACAAAAAAGCUGUUCUUCCGACCAGUAAGAGCAGCCAAAUGAUCACCUUUACCUUUGCCAAUGGAGGUGUGGCGACCAUGCGGACCAGCGGGACAGAGCCCAAAAUCAAAUACUACGCAGAGCUGUGUGCUCCCCCUGGCAACAGUGAUCUGGAACAGCUGAAAGGGGAACUAGAUGAGCUAGUCAGUGCCAUUGAGGAGCAUUUCUUCCAGCCACAGAAGUAUAACCUGCAGCCAAGAGCAGAAUAAAUCAUCCCAGCAUCGGACACGGUGGCAUUUACCUCCAAUUAAGUGAUUAAGCUGAACUUUUUCCUUUUUCUUUUUGUUUUUUGUUUUUUUUUUGUUUUUUUUUUU